UCUUAAACUCAUGACGGCAUUUCCUGUGGAGGCGGGGCUUAGCUUCAGCGGAGAAUACUGCGGACUUUGAAAUAAAAUAAAUUCACGCGGCCAGGGGAGUAUGCUACAUAUAUAUAUUAAUUACAUACGCCAACACUUUUAUACAACUAAAUUGUAGACUGCAUUUUUCCCUUUUUUAAUGGAGUAACUGAAUAAGGAAUGACCCGCGGGGGAGUGAAUUGACCGUGACUUUUCGCAGAGGAGAAAGUACCUCCCGUUGCCAACAAGGCAAUUGUUGCUGUGUCUACGCUGGGUAGCGGAUCACGACGGGGAUUUUAAAGAAGAUACAUUUACGUAUGUUGCCUCGGAAAUAAAUCACGCCGAUAAGGUAAGUAUUUAUAUUUUGAUAAUUGUAUGAAUCCUGUUUUUCAUCCGUUCUUGAUUACUCUCCAGUGUUGUAAAGUACUUAAGUAGUUUUUUUGGGGUAUCUAUACUUUACUUUACUACUUAUGUUUUUGACAACUUUUACUUUUACUUCAGUACAUUCCCAAGGAAAAUCAAGUACUUUUUACUCCAUACAUUUUCCCUGACAACCAAAAGUACUUGUUACAUUUUGAACGCUUAGUAGGAAAGGGAAAUGGUGAAAUUCACGCAUCAAGAUAACACGUUGUCAUCCCUACUGCCUAUGGUCUGGCGGACUCACGAAACACUAAUGCAUCUUUUGUAAAUUAUGUCUGAGUUUUGGAGUGUGCACCUAGCUAUCCGUAAAAUUUAAAAACAAGGAAAUGGUGCUCUCUGCUUUGCCUAAUAUAAGGAAUUUGAAAUGAUUUAAACUUUUACUUCUACUUUUGAUACUUAAGUAUAUUUUAGCAAUUACAUUUACUUUUGAUACUUAAGUAUAUUUAAAACGAAAUACUUUUAGGCUUUUACUCAAGUACUAUUUUAGUGGGUGACUUUUACUUUUACUUUAGUAACUUUCUAUUAAGGUAUCUAUACUUUUACUGAAGUAUGACAAUUUUCCACAAGUGAAGGACUUGGAUAAUGGCUAACUCAAAGUGUCAUUUAAAAAAACACCACCGUCUAGAGGUCUUCAUUGAUCCACCUGUACCCGAAUACCCAGGACCCGAGCGGGUCCGGAUCCAGAAUUAUAAAUAUUGUCACGGGUCUGGGUCGGAUCUGAUAUGAUUGUCACGGGUCUUGGGAAUCUGUAAUUUCAACUGACUUGUCCGGAAGGACCCGUACAGAUCCGAAUGUAACUGCUGCAGUAGAGAGAGAGUAGUAAUGGGUGGCUCUUUUUUGGUGAACGUCGGAACCAAAUUGCAUUGGUGAAAGAGCCAUUCAUUUGGCUCCCAGAUUUGCAGACUCCUACUACUGCUUUUUAAGCUCCAUUUUUUUCUUCUUCUGCAGAUAAGUUACAAAAUCAUUCUCUAAAGAAGUUAGGAAGUUUCUGGUAAAUUGUCCACAUUGUUACACACUCAACCCCCUUCUCCACCUUAGGGGAUUGUAUAAUGGAUGCUGUGCUUAUCUCCUCACCAUUAGCAUAGUAGCAUUGUCCACUCACCCAUUUCUUCUGUUAAAGCUAUACCCCUAAAUAGAGUAGAAACAUUGAGGCUGAUUUCUCUCUAGGCUAUCUGUAAAAGGCCUGGUUAUAAUGGGAGGUAAUAAACGAUCUGGUGGCAGGGAGGCAGAGGUCUGCUAUUCUCAGUGUGUCACAGGAUAACAGUCAGGAGCUAAUUCAAUAAAACAACCCCGUCUCACAUGGCAUUCUUCUUCCUUCACUAGCCUGCAGUCUCUCCUCCCUGUCCCUCCCUCCCUCUCUCUCUCAUUCCCGCCUUCUCCAUCACCCUCCUUCCCUCCAUCCAUCCCUCCCUCCCUCCCUCCUGUAAAUAGCCCAGCUAGGCUCAAAAGUCUUCCUGCCAUGGAUAUCGAUCCCCAUCCGGUACACACACACACCCUUUGACGACUCAGGUCAAUGAAUCAUUCCCCAUUUUACACUCAGUCCCCAGCUCAACCCUCCUUAACGACAGGGAGACUAAAUGCACUUUCUGUUUCCCUGGCUAAAAGGACCGUUAGCGAACCACAGCUUACAUGGGACAAUGAGAGUAAUGGCCCAUGUCAUGAGUUAAUACAGUUACUGUUUAUAUCUAUAAUAUAUAGGGGUCCAGACCAUGUGAACACCUGACCAGGAAGAACUCUGGGCCCUAAAGCUAUAUCAGUUAAUUGGUCCUUUUUGUCAAGGGAAGGAAGAAUGUAUGCAUUAGGUCGCCAAGUCUAAUAUCUUCUAUGGUACUACAAAUGUAAACAAACACACAGUAUUCACCAUCACCUUUAUUACUGUAUCCUCACACAUUUUCUUUUUUUUUCAGAUGGACCUGAAACUACUUCUGAAAUCAGUGUUGUUAGGAGUCAUUUGUUACAGCAGUGCUCAGCAAGGUAAGAUGAUUCUCCUCCAUCUUAUAUCAAGUUUCUGCCUUACUUACUGUAGCUUCCACCUUGUUAGACAAAAUCAAUCCUCAACAGUAACAUCAGUAGUCUGUUUCUGUACACUGUUAAUGCAGUACAUCAUCUAAUCAUAAUAUAUUUCUACUAAACCGCAUCAUAAAUAAACAGUACAGAAUAGUGGUUAACUGCCUGAUGUCCCGUAUGGGUAGCCAACCCCAACUGAGCAUGCUGCUGUAAUGUAAUGAUGUCAUUAGCCAGAGGAAAAAGCAGCUCCACCUACACUGUAAACCCCAAGACAUUUUUAACUGAAAUACUUCAAGUAAGGUGAACUCAAAGUCAAUGAAAGGUCAUUAUUAAUUAAAAUGUUUCAGUUGUACUGACUCAAAAUUAAACAAGGCAACAGUAAACAUGUCGUCCCCCACAAAUGCACAAAUGAUGCAGUGCCCCCCUUGAGCAAAUUGAGAUUGUGUGUGACUAACAAAUUUAAGUUAAUUACUAUAGCUCCCACCUUAGGCCAAUCAGUGUAAUUUUGUAAAUGCAGAAUCUCUAUGGCAAGACACAUCAUUCACCCAAGUUCCGUCAAAAAUCAUGCCAGUGCUGUCUGAGGUAUCGCGUGACUCACGUACAAACAAACGAACGGACGGACAGAGACAGAUCCACAGUUUCCUCCCCGAUUUCAUCGUGGUGGACAAUGAGAAGUCACAUCAACUACAUUUUUAAAGUUAUGAUCACAAAUACACUUUUUUCCCAGCAUGCUCUACUGCAGGUAGAUUUAUUAAUUUAUUUUUGUAAUAUCUGUGUUUUUACAUGUACAGUGCAUUCGGAAAGUAUUCCGACCCCUUGACUUUUUCCACAUUUUGUUACAUUACAGCCUUAUUCUAACAUUGAUUAAAUUGUUAUUUUUCCUCAUUAAUCUACACACAAUACCCUAUAAUUACAAAGCAAAAACAGUUUUUUUUGACAUUUUUGCAAAUGUAUAAAAAAAAAAAAAAAACGGAUAUCACAUUUCAAUAAGUUUUCAGACCAUUUACUCACCUUUGGCAGCGAUUACUGCCUCGAGUCUUCUUGGGUAUGACCCUACAAGCUUGGCACACCUGUAUUUGGGGAAUUUCUCCCAUUCUUUUCUGCAGAUCCUCUCAAGCUCUGUCAGGUUGGAUGGGGAGCAUCGCUGCACAGCUAUUUUGAGGUCUCUCCAGAGAGGUUUGACCGGGUUCAAGUCCGGGCUCUGGCUGGGCCACUCAAGGACAUUCAGAGACUUGUCCUGAAGCCACUCCUGUGUUGUCUUGGAUUUGUGCUUAGGGUCCUUGUCCUGUUGGAAGGUGAACCUUUGCCCGCAGUCUGAGGUCCUGAGCGCUCUGGAGCAGGUUUUCAUCAAGGAUCUCUCUGUACUUUGCUCCGUUCAUCUUUGUCUCGGUCCUAACUAGUGUCCCAGUCCCUGCAGCUGAAAAACAUCCCCACAGCAUGAUGCUGCCACCACCAUGCUUCACCGUAGGGAUGGUGCCAGGUUUCCUCCAGACGUGAUGCUUGGCACUCAGGCCAAAGAGUUCAAUUUUGGUUUCAUCAAACCAGAUAAUCUUGUUUCUCAUGGACUGAGAGUCUUUAGGUGCCUUUUGGCAAACACCAAGCGGGCUGUCAUGUGCCUUUUACUGAGGAGUGGCUUCCGUCUGGCCACUCUACCAUAAAGGCCUGAUUGGUGGAUUGCUGCAGAGAUGGUUGUCCUUCUGGAAGGUUCUCCCAUCUCCACAGAGGAACUCUAGAGCUCUGUCAGAGUGACCAUCGGGUUCUUGGUCACCUCCCUGACCACGGCCCUUCUCCCCCGAUUGCUUUAGUUUUUGGCCGGCCAGCUCUAGGAAGAUUCUUGGUGGUUCCAAACUUCUUCCAUUUAAGAAUGAUGGAGGCCACUGUGUUCUUGGGGAACUUCAAUGCUGCAGAAAUGUUUUGGUACCCUUCCCCAGAUCUGUGCCUCGACACAAUCCUGUCUCGGCUCGACACAAUCCUGUCCUCUGAACUCUAUGGACAAUUCCUUCCUUUCGACCUCUUGGCUUGGUUUUGCUCUGACAUGCCACUGUCAACCUGUGGGACGUAUAUAGACAGGUGUGUCCUUUCCAAUCAUGUCAAUCAAUUUACUUUACAACCACUGGUGACUCCAAUCACGUUUAUAGUAACAUCUCAGGAUGAUCUGGAAACAGGAUGCACCUGAUCGCACUUUCGCGUCUCACUCAUUGCAAAGGGUCGAAUAUUAUGUAAAUAAAUAAGGUAUUUCUGUUUUUUUUUAAACCUGUUUUCGCUUUGUCAUUAUAGGGUAUUGUGUGUAGAUUGCUGAGAUAAAAAAAAAAACAAUUUUAGAAUAAGGGUGUAAUGUAACAGAAUGUGGAAAAAGUCAAGGGGUCUGAAAUAUUUCCGAAGGCACUCAAAAUCACUUUAGGUAACUGUUCUCAGAUAUGUUAAGUGCAACGGGUUUCCUCAGAAGUUUUGAGUAAUGACAGCACAUUGGGGUUUACAGGGUAGGUUUCUUUGAGCAUAGUAGUGAAUACAUCAUGGAACUAUGGAACAGCGGAAUAUUCCAUUCUGUCUCUAGCUCCAGUUUUCCAAAUUACACAAUGUGUACACUCUGGCUUAUUUCCUGGUUAGUUUUUAGGAGUCUAUGAUGAGUUUGCUUCUUUUCAACCUUUGUUUUUCCAUUCCAUUCCAGAAGGGAACGAGUGCAUCAAGGCUAAUGCCAAAUCCUGUGGGGUGUGUAUUCAAGUGGGAGCGAAAUGUGGCUGGUGCAUGGUGCAUGGACCCAGUACGUGGAUAUGAAUUUGCCAAUAACUUUGUUACAUUUACAUUUUCAUUUACAUUUUCGUCAUUUAGCAGACGCUCUUAUCCAGAGAUAAUGUUACUUCAUUGAUGUUACACAACCUUAAUAUCAACUGACUCAGCAUUACAACUUGCAGGUGUAUGCAAAUCAAAGAAAUAAGAAUGUAAUCUAAACUGUUCCUUGGAAUUACAACACCAGUGUGUCAGGCAAUAUUGUUUAUAACCUUUAUAAACUGCUUGGGAGUGUAGGAAAUACAUUUUCAGAAAAUAAGGACCUUACAUUUUUGGGUGGAUUUCCUCUAUGAAUGCCAUAGUGCAAUAUGUCAUGAUACUGAUACCUCCUCUCUUCCAGGAGUUCCUGAAGCAGGGUGAGGCCACAUCGACCCGCUGUGAUGAGCUGGAGUCCCUGAGGAAGAGAGGUUGCAGCGCCGCCAAGGUAGAGAACCCUGGAGGCAGCCAGCUUGUCCUGAAGAACAAGGCUGUGACCAACCGCAACAAGGGAGCAGGGAAUCUCCGACCAGAUGACAUCACACAGAAACUCACCCUCAGCGUCAGAUCUGGUAAGAACUUAGCUGGAACUGUUAAGUUUGAUUAAGUUGUGUCCCAAAUGGCACCCUUUCCCUAUUUAGUGUUAGGAAUAGGGUGCCAUUUGAGAUGCAGUCUAAGUUAACUUUGCUUCAGCCAAAACAUCUUGCUUGACAACCAUUGUUGAAGCAGCGUUGCUGAGGGUCUUUUUUUAUUUCUCCUGCUGUUCCUCUGUGGUCUUUCAUUGUUAUGUUGAUUAGUUACAGUAGCCUCCAUUUUCUUUGUGUGUUUUAGCUAUUAACUGUACAGCUGUAAUUAUGAUGUGGAAGGAGUAUUCCUUGUACUCUUUCAUGUGAAGGCCAGCACCUUAUUUGACAUGGACAGUGCACAUUUAUCAAGAUUUCAGUGUUCACAUCAAUAUAAAUAUGCCAGAGUUAGCAAGUCUGUAGUCCCCGGCUUAACCUUGCCUAUUUGUCUGUGUACUGCAGGUGAACCCCAGUCUUUUAACCUGAAGUUCAAACGGGCUGAGGAUUACCCCAUCGACCUCUACUACCUGAUGGACCUGUCCUACUCCAUGAAGGACAAUCUGGAAAACGUCAAGAACCUAGGAACACAGCUGAUGCUGGAGAUGUCAAAGAUCACAUCUGAUUUCAGAAUCGGUGAGAUUGAGAAACAGCCCGGUUGUAUGAGGUUUGAGGAUGUUCAUAUUUGUUUUAACUUCUUCUCCACUUCAAAUGUAUCUCUUCUGCUUUCAGAUCUGGUUGGGUGCAUAUUGCAUAGUUAUACAACGGGUGGGUCUAAUCCUGAAUGCUGAUUGGUUAAAACCGCAUUCCAGCCGGUGUCUAUUCCACAAGUUACCACCAGCUAAAUCUGUGAUGUUAAAAUGCCUAUUUACUCUGUUCCAUCUGACUGCACAAUCCAGUGACUCAUCAGCCCAGCCAGGCAAUGUAUAAACUUGAGCUCCACUAUAAUAAAUAAUGUAGACAUUAUCUCACAUUUCUUUUAGACUAACAUUUAGUUUUCAACAGCAGAGAUUUGUAUAAACCUUGCUGUCUGUCUCUCCGACAAUUGCAACAUUGUUUCAAUAUUCAAAUUCAAUCUCCAGCUGUCCCAUAGUAAUGUACGUGUCGGGAGUUGGGACGAGACAGACAGGCAGGCAGCGUUUCUCGGCCAGUCGAAAUCAUGAAUCAGCUGGCAUCAUUUUUAUGGAUAUAUAGAAAGAAAUGUCAAUUGAAAAAAGGUCAAACGAAAGGAAGUGCAGCUAAACUCAGCAAAAAAAGAAACGUCCCUUUUUCAGGACCCUGUCUUUUAAAGAUAAUUUGUAAAAAUCCAAAUAACUUCACAGAUCUUCAUUGUAAAGGGUUUAAACACUGUUUCCCAUGCUGUGGAACGAUCAUUAAGACAGCUUACAGAUGGUAGGCAAUUAAGGUCACAGUUAUGAAAUAUUAGGACACUAAAUAGGCCUUUCUACUGACUCUGAAAAAUACCAAAAGAAAGAUGCCCAGGGUCCCUGCUCAUCUGCGUGAACGUGCCUUUGGCAUGCUGCAAGGAGGCAUGAGGACUGCAGAUGUGGCCAGGGCAAUAAAUUGUAAUGUCUGUACUGUGAGACGCCUAAGACAGCGCUACAGGGAGACAGGACGGACAGCUGAUCGUCCUCGCAGUGGCAGACCAUGUGUAACAACACCUGCACAGGAUCGGUACAUCCGAACAUCACACCUGCGGGACAGGUACAGGAUGGCAACAACAACUGCCCGAGUUACACCAGGAACGCACAAUCCCAGCAUCAGUGCUCAGACUGUCCGCAAUAGGCUGAGAGAGGCUGGACUGAGGGCUUGUAGGCCUGUUGUAAGGCAGGUCCUCACCAGUCAUCACCGGCAACAACGUCGCCUAUGGGCACAAACCCACCGUCGCUGGACCAGAGAGGACUGGCAAAAAGUGCUCUUCACUGACGAGUUGCGGUUUUGUCUCACCAGGGGUGAUGGUCGGAUUCGCGUUUAUCGUUGAAGGAAUGAGCGUUACACCGAGGCAUGUACUCUGGAGCGGGAUCGAUUUGGAGGUGGAGGGUCCGUCAUGGUCUGGGGCGGUGUGUCACAGCAUCAUCGGACUGAGCUUGUUGUCAUUGCAGGCAAUCUCAACACUGUGCAUUACAGGGAAAGACAUCCUCCUCCCUCAUGUGGUACCCUUCCUGCAGGCUCAUCCUGACAUGCCCCUCCAGCAUGACAAUGCCACCAGCCAUACUGCUCGUUUUGUGCGUGAUUUCCUACAAGACAGGAAUGUCAGUGUUCUGCCAUGGCCAGCGAAGAGCCCGGAUCUCAAUCCCAUUGAGCACGUCUGGGACCUGUUGGAUCGGAGGGUGAGGGCUAGGGCCAUUCCAACCCCAGAAAUGUCUGGGAACUUGCAGAUGCCUUGGUGGAAGAUUGGGGUAACAUCUCACAGCAAGAACUGGCAAAUCUGGUGCAGUCCAUGAGGAGGAGAUGCACUGUAGUACUUAAUGCAGCUGGUGACAACACCAGAUACUGACUGUUACUUUUGAUUUUGACCCGCCCCAUUUGUUCAGGGACACAUUUUUCAAUUGAUUUAGUCACAUGUCUGUGGAACUUGUUCAGUUUAUGUCUCAGUUGUUGAAUCUUGUUAUGUUCAUACAAAUAUUUACACGUUAAGUUUGCUGAAAAUAAACGCAGUAGACAGUGAGAGGACGUUUCUUUUUUUGCUGAGUUUAGUUUGCAGUCUUUACAGCUUCAGUUUGAAAUGAUUGUGUUAGCUGUGUUGUUGGCUAGCUCCUCUUAACAACAUUGUCCUUACGAGUGAGCACAUUUUCUAUGCCAGGCGAAGUCACGCCUCAUUUUCUCAUUGUUAUGGUUGUAUCCAAAUAAAUAUUACUAGAAAACAGCUUAAACAAAUGCAAAUGCAAGGACUGGGAGACUAGUCAGGAUCGAGGGAAAGUUGAACGGAGCAAAGUACAGAGAGAUCCUUGAUGAAAACCUGAUAUAUCAUUUGCAAAAAUUUCAAAAAAAUACAGUUUUUGCUUUGUCAUCAUGGGUUAUUGUGUAGAUUGAUGAAGGGGAAAACAUUUUUUAAAUCCAUUUUAGAAUAAGGCUGUAACGUAACAAAAUGUGGAAAAAGUCAAGGGGUCUGAAUACUUUCCAAAUGCACUGUAAUGUGUUGUAAAUCUAUUUCUAUGGUCCAUUGACAUGUGACUGUUUUCAAGUGUAUUGCAUCUGUUUGCAUGUGAAUAUUCUACAUAGGCAGUCUUUUAUGCAGUCCUCCCUUGUUGUCUUUAUUAUCUCUCAGGUGCAAUGAGGGCCGUAUUGGUAGACAGUGUGAGUGCAGCACCAACGAGGUGACCAGUGAAGACCUGGAUAAGAACUGCCGUAAAGACAACGGUACAGACAUCUGCAGCAACAACGGAGACUGUGUGUGUGGAACCUGUGAGUGUAAGAAGAGAGAGAACCCCGAGGAACGCUACAGCGGGAAGUUCUGCGAGUGUGACAACUUCAACUGUGACCGCUCCAACAACAAACUCUGUGGAGUUCAGUUUAGGCCCCUACUGCAUUGCAAUAGGCAUUAUACGAUAAAUGGUUAGUAAUCUGGGGGACCAUUAACUUUUAGCUCCCACUUUCCUAUUGUGGGAUGGUUAUUUGUAUCGGCUGUUGAUUGUAUUACAGGCCUACAUAUCCUGCUAUGAUAGAAAUAAAAAAAAGAUAAGGAAAUAAAUAUCUAAAAAAUAGAGACAGCCGAGUCUUCUUGUAUAAAAAAAAAAACACUAAGAAAUGUACAUUUUCAAACAUGUUUACUAAUAAGAAAAAAAUAUAUAAUAAAGAUUAGUUUAGUCCCCCAAACGUAGAUUGGGGAAGUGAAUAAUAUGAUCAAUUAUUGGAUUAUCAAUAAAGAUUUUGUUUGCUGUGAAAUGAUGGUCAAGACCUGUGUAACAUCUUCCUCAGAGCACAAACUACCUCUGUGUUUGUGGCGUAAUGGGUAAUUUCCCAAUUAAAUUAGAGAUCAGUUGAUUAGUUCAGACAUCACCUUUUACGAAAUUAGAUUUAUCGUGUUCAAUUUAGCUUCAUUUAAUCUCUAAUCUAGAAUAUUAUCUAUAAUAUGAAAUUAUGUUUGAACUUUGGAGGAUAAUCUCUGACCCUGUGUGUUGUGGCAGGACAUGGUCGCUGUGAGUGCAGGGUGUGUAUCUGUGAUGCCAACUGGACAGGCAGUGCCUGUGACUGUUCUCUGGACACCACGACCUGCCUGGCCUCCAACAAGCAGAUCUGUAAUGGACGAGGCACCUGUGAGUGUGGCACCUGCAAGUGCACUGAUGCAAAGUUCCAGGGUCCCACCUGUGAGAUCUGUCCCACCUGUCCAGGGGUCUGCACAGAACACAAGAGAGUUGAAUGAAUUAAUUGUAUUUGUUCAUUUUAAUGGGGUUUUAACUAAGCAGAAAACAGCAAUAAUUAAAAAGUUUAUUUCCAAAACACAAUUAUAAUUUUUUUGUAAUCACAUUUGUGUUUUUCGUCAGAAAUUAUUCGUUAUUGGUACCUUCAUGUAUGUGUAAAAUAUUACUGUUCUCAGAAUUUUGGGGGGAUAGAUUUUUGUCAACCACAAUGCAAACGGUAUGCUUUAGUCUCAGGUCCUGUCUGUCCAUUGUUUAGCUGGAAUAUAUAUCCUGUAUAUUUGACUGUGAUACAUUGCAUUCGGAAAGUAUUCAGGCCCCUUGACUUUUUCUACAUUUUGUUACGUUAAAGCCUUAUUCUAAAAUGGAUUCAAUUGUUUUUUCCCAUCAUCACUCUACACACAAUACCCCAAAAUGACAAAGCAAAAACUGAAUUUUCAUUUUCUUUGCAAAUUUAUUAAUUCAUUUACAUAUAGUGCCUUGCAAAAGUAUUCAUCCCCCUUGGCGUUUUUCCUAUUUUGUUGCAUUACAACCUGUAAUUUAAAUUGAUUUUUAUUUGGAUUUCAUGUAAUGGAUAUACACAAAAUAGUCAGAAUUGGUGAAGUGAAAUGGGAAAAAAAUAACUUGUUAAAAAAAUAAAUAUGGAAAAAUGGUGCGUGCUUAUGUAUUCACCCCCCCUAGUCCCUAAAUAAGAUCUGGUGCAACCAAUUACCUUCAGAAGUCACAUAAUUAGUUAAAUAAAGUCCACCUGUGUGCAAUCUAAGUGUCACAUGAUCUGUCAAAUGAUCUCAGUAUAUAUACACCUGUUCUGAAAGGCCCCAGAGUCUGCAACACCACCAAGCAAGCAGCACCAUGAAGACCAAGGAGCUCUCCAAACAGGUCAGGGACAAAGUUGUGGAGAAGUACAGAUCAGGGUUGGGUUAUAAAAAAAUAUCUGAAACUUUGAACAUCCCACGGAGCACCAUUAAAUCCAUUAUUAAAAAAUGGAAAGAAUAUGGCACCACAACAAACCUGCCAAGAGAGGGCCGCCCACCAAAACUCACAGACCAGGCAAGGAGGGCAUUAAUCAGAGAGGCAACAAAGAGACCAAAGAUAACCCUGAAGGAGCUGCAAAGCUCCACAGCAGAGAUUGGAGUAUCUGUCCAUAGGACCACUUUAAGCCGUACACUCCACAGAGCUGGGCUUUACGGAAGAGUGGCCAGAAAAAAGCCAUUGCUUAAAGAAAAAAAUAAGCAAACACGUUUGGUGUUCGCCAAAAGCCAUGGGGGAGACUCCCCAAACAUAUGGAAGAAGGUACUCUGGUCAGAUGAGACUAAAAAUUGAGCUUUUUGGCCAUCAAGGAAAACACAAUGUCUGAUGCAAACCCAACACCUCUCAUCACCCCGAGAACACAUCCACACAGUGAAGCAUGGUGGUGGCAGCAUCAUGCUGUGGGGAUGUUUCUCAUCGGCAGGGACUGGGAAACUGGUCAGAAUUGAAGGAAUGAUGGAUGGCGCAAAAUACAGGGAAAUUCUUGAGGGAAACCUGUUUCAGUCUUCCAGAGAUUUGAGACUGGGACGGAGGUUCACCUUCCAGCAGGACAAUGACCCUAAGCAUACUGCUAAAUCAACACAUGAGUGGUUUAAGGGGAAACAUUUACAUGUCUUGGAAUGGCCUAGUCAAAGCCCAGACCUCAAUUUUUCAGAUUUUAUUUUAUUUUGCAUCUUCAGUGGUAGGCAUGUUGUGUAAAUCAAAUGAUACAAAUCCACAAAAAAUCCAUUUUAAUUCCAGGUUGUAAGGCAACAAAAUAGGAAAAAUACCAAGGGGGGUGAAUACUUUCGGAUGUCACUGUAAGUAUUCAGACUCUUUACUCAGUACUUUGUUGAAGCACCUUUGGCAGCGAUUACUGCCUCGAUUUUCUUGGGUAUGAUGCUACAAGCUUGGCACACCUGUAUUUGGUGAAUUUCUCCCAUUAUUUUCUGCAGAUCCUCUCAAGCUCUGUCAGGUUGGAUGGGGAGUGUCGCUGCACAGCUAUUUUCAGGUCUCUCCAGUGAGGUUCGACCGGGUUCAAGUCCGGGCUCUGGCUGGGCCACUCAAGGACAUUCAGAGACUUGUCCUGAAGCCACUCCUGUGUUGUCUUGGCUGUGUGCUUAGGGUCCUUGUCCUGUUGGAAGGUGAACCUUCGCCCCCAGUCUGAGGUCCUGAGCCCUCUGGAGCAGGUUUUCAUCAAGGAUCUCUCUGUACUUUGCUCCGUUCAUCUUUGCCUCGAUCCUGACUAGUCUCCCAGUCCCUGCCGCUCAAAAACUUCCCCACAGCAUGAUGCUGCCACCACCAUGCUUCACCGUAGGGAUGGUGCCAGGUUUCCUCCAGACAUGAAGCUUGGCACUCAGGCCAAAGAGUUCCAUUUUGGUUUCAUCAGACCAGAGAAUCUUGUUUCUCAUGGUCUGAGUGUCCUUUAGGUGCCUUUUGUCAAACUCCAAGCGGGCUUUCAUGUGCCUUUUACUGAGGAGUGGCUUCUGUCUGGCCACUCUACCAUAAAGGCCUGAUUGGUGGAGUGCUUCAGAGAUUGUUGUCCUUCUGGAAGGUUCUCCUAUCUCCACAGAGGAACUCUGGAGCUCUGUCACAGUGACCAUCGGGUUCUUGGUCACCUCCCUAACCAAGGCCCUUCUCCCCCGAUUGCUCAGUUUGGCCGUGCGGCCAGCUCUAGGAAGAGUCUUGGUGGUUCUAAACUUCUUCCAUUUAAGAAUGAUGGAGGCCUCUGUGUUCUUGGGGACCUUCAAUGCUGCAGAAAUGUUUUUGUACCCUUAUAAUCAAGUAUAGUCUGAUGGGUGACAAUAUUAGCCUAUCACUUGUGAAUGAUGCCCAGCAUAAGGAAAGAAACCAUGCCUUUUUUUUGCGACUUUUUCGAAUCAUAGUUGCACACCUCAUGUAGCCUAGCCCAUAGGCCUAUAUGUUUUGAUAAGGUUUGUAUCACAACUAAAGUGGCCAAAUAACUUCUUAAAAUUAAACACAUUAAUCUGCUUUACAAAGGGUGUAGAGCCUAACUGGCAUACAUAAGCAGCGCGUGAGUUUCAAGUUUGGGGAAGAUCAUUUUCACCAUAAAAAUCCACUUUUAUAAUAAAAGCAUUACAUGCAUAAUUGCAUUUGCGGUCACCUUUGAUAAUGGUGUUUUCCCGCUAAUGGAACAUUUGUGCUUAUAGCCUACUGCCAUGUGUGCAUUGCUGCGCUUAUAAUAUGAAGAAAUAGUCUAAUAGAUUAUCAACAUUUAAAGCUAAACGUUCUGAUCUGUUGCGUCAGCCACAUUACGUAAUUUGUUUGGGGGGGAUGCUAGUGGUUGUAUUCAUUUGGAAUCUAUCGCAUCCCACAACUGUCCCAGACUUUGUUUGGAAUAUUUAUUUCUCGCACAGAAUAGAAUAGGUCAACUUUUGUACUGUGGGGGAUAGUAGAUUGACAUAGGCUAUUGCGUUUGCUGUUCGUUAGGCCUACUCAUCUUGUUGGCUGACGAAAAGUAAAUGUGCACAGUUCUUCCAAUAUCUUCAAUAUUCACCUCGGAAUUGGAUAAGGACGCGCGCAGUUGUGUCUGUCUUCACUUGUAGCCUGUGAGAAAGAUCCUAUCACGUGAUGGAGAGCCAUAUGAGUGAGAGGUGCUUCGGAGCUCGCAGCACUCAGGGAGAAGGAAACAACGCAGCACUCCGGGCCAAGGGCACAAUGGCCACUGGCCGCAAAAGGCAUGGAUUUAUUUAGGGUGCAUUACGGCCACACAAAGGGGAUGCCGCCGUAAAAUUCGAGGCCUUAUCCCUUUAAGAGUGUGCUCCUAAUCUCAGCUCGUUACCUGUAUAAAAAACACCUGGGAGCCAGAAAUCUUUCUGAUUGAGAGGGGGUCAAAUACUUAUUUCCCUCAUUAAAAAUGCAAAUCAAUUUAUAACAUUUUUGACAUGCGUUUUUCUGGAUUUUUUUGUUGUUAUUCUGUCUCUCACUGUUCAAAUAAACCUACCAUUAAAAUUAUAGACUGAUCAUUUCUUUGUCAGUGGGCAAACGUACAAAAUCAGCAGGGGAUCAAAUACUUUUUUCCCUCACUGUAUAGGAGUACCUAUUUCUUUGUUAACCACUCAACACAGAAUGCGCACUCCCUCAAAUCGUUUGGAGAAAAUAUCCUUUCUAUUUUAUUCAGCUUUGUUCAAUUGUAUUCUUCAUACUAUAAAAUAAUAUAAAUAAUGCCAAGGAAUUAUAAGCAAAUCUUGUCUGGUAAAUUAACUAGUGUAGCCCACAGCCAUUUGGUAUAGCCAGAUCAUGACCGAACAUAAGGACAACUCAGAGUAUGCUAUUCUGUUCGUCUGAAAUAGACUACAUUUUCUUCAUAUCAUGCUUCUUUAGACCUGUCUAAAAUAAAUAAUGGAUUUAAUGUGAAGGUGUAGGCUAUAUUACAUGGAUUUAUUAUACUUUUAAAAAUGCAUUAGUGGCUUGUAGGCUAUGUGUGGAAGCCAGGAGAUGCUAAAUGUGUUUGUGUUAAUUAAUGUCAAUUAUAGUGAGACCGACAGUUAUUUGCUUGACAAUCACCGGCUGACGAAAUUUCAUGACCGCCACACCCCUACUAGGGAAUAUGUCAGAAGUCGAGCAAGCAUCACAAUGUGAGACUACCUGCGUGUGUUACUCCAUCUGUACAGAGUUACAUGUCAAUGUCCUGUCUUCCACAGGGAGUGUGUUCAGUGCAGGGCCUUUGGGACGGGGGAGAAGAAGGACACGUGUAAGAGAGACUGUAGCUACUUCAACCUGAUCAAGGUGAAGGACAGAGACAAGCUGCCUCAGCCAGGACAGGCCUUCCCCCUGAUGCACUGUAAGGAGAGGGAUGCCAAUGACUGCUGGUUCUACUACACCUACGCUGUCAACAAGACAGAGAAGGAGGUCCAUGUGGUGGAAACACUAGGUGAGAGCAUAUUACAUACAGCCCAUAUAACAUACAGUCAUUGUGACUGAGGAUAUAACAGAGUGAAAAAAAUAGAUUAUUUGUCUGUCUAUUGAGUCGUUUUGUGAUUAGAGCCAGGUGUUUUUGACCUGACUAGGAAAAAUUCCAGGCUCUACUUGUAGUUCUUCCUGGUCAGCUUACAUGGUCAGGUAAAGUUCCUGGGCCUAUAUAUUGCAAAUCAGGAAGGACGUAAUUGUAAAUAAGCAUUUGCUCUUACAGUAACUGACUUGCCUGCUUAAAUAAAUAAAAGUUGGGAUAACUGAAUGUUCCUGGCUGUGUGUUUCCUGCCGUGUUCCAUCAUCCCCAUCGUGGCUGGCGUGGUGGCGGGCAUCGUGCUGAUCGGCCUGACCUUGCUUCUCAUCUGGAAGCUCCGGAGUCACUCACCACCUUCCGGAGACAUUUGAAACCCCACCUCUUUAAGGAACACCUGGGAUAGGAUAAAGUAAUCCUUCUACCCCCCCCCCCACAAAAAAAUAAAAUAAAAUAAAUUUGUAAAGUGGUUAUCCCACUGGCUAUAGGGUGAUUGCACCAAUUUGUAAGUCACUCUGGUUAAGAGCGUCUGCUAAAUGACGUAAAUGUGCCCUUGAGCAAGGCACUUAACCCUAAUUGCUCCUGUAAGUCGCUCUGGAUAAGAGCGUCUGCUAAAUGACUAAAAUGUAAAUGUAAAUGUAAGCUGCUCAUGAUCAUCCACGACAGGAGAGAGUUCGCCAAGUUUGAGAAGGAGAAGAUGAAUGCUAAAUGGGACACGGUAAGAGAGUGGAGAUGGUAGAUACAGGACCAGGAAACCAUCUUGGAGAACUGUUUGUAAUGGCCUAUAAUGGGGAUGAUGAUGAUGAUGAUGAUGUACUUUUGCAGGUCCUAGUUUGUGUUCUCCCUGACUGUAAUUUCAGUAGGUUGAUUGAGAUGUGGAAAACAGGUGUUAUAGAUAUGGCCACUGUGUGAAUCUCUUACACAGAGAACAGACUCCUAAAGGAAUACAGAAUUGGAAAUAUUUUAUGACUGUAACAGACCUGUUGCUUUUGACGAUGACUUCAUAAGAUGUCACACACAUUUUUACACAGUCCUACUCAACAGUUUGUUUAAAAUGUUCUUAAAACCCUGUAGUUUUAAGUAAUCUCUGUGCAAAAUACAGUUAUGAAAAAAGGAAGCCUUUUUGGAAUGCGAAGGUCCCUGGACACACAUCUGUCUUUUCGUGGGAGUGGUUACAGUAGCUUAGUUUGUUCGGUGUUAUGCUUCCUCCUAGUGGCGUGUUAUCCACACUGCAGGCAGAGGUUAAAUUCCGGACAACGGGCAGGGUUUGAAAUCCUUAAUGAUUCAGCUCAGCCUGAUUAUUUCCAGUCAGACCAGCCAGAUGUGAGAGCCUCUCUGGUCUGGUGACAUGGGCAGGGCACUGAGGCUUCUAGACCCUCUCAUUAUGGUACAUGGAGAAGAAACCAGACCUAAAUGACUGUAUGAGAGAGCAGACUGACCUGACUUGUACAUUUACAUUUACAUUUAAGUCAUUUAGCAGACGCUCUUAUCCAGAGCGACUUACAGUUAGUAUAGAUGUAAUAGGGGAAUACACCCAGCACUGUAAGAUGAUUUUCAAAGGGAGAUGAUCAACCUCUGAAUCUUGGAUCCUGAUGUAAAAAUACCCCUUUCUCAAGGGAUUGAUUGUUUAAUUCCCUCUUAUUUAUCUUUACCCAUGCUUUUCAUUUCAUUCUCUGUUUCCUGUUCUUAAAUUUCUGUCCCACUCUCUCAACCCAUAGCAAGAGAAUCCCAUUUACAAGAGCCCUAUUAA